AUGGAUUUUAUUCCACUCUGCUUCAGUUUUAGCUGUCCUGUAAAGUUAAAGCCAGAUGGACAACAACCUACACAGCCUCUGCUAUGCCCACACUGCAACAACGGUGCACUCGUUCCAUUCAAGUCAAGGAGAUGGUUUGAAUUCUGCUUCCUACCGAUAAUCCCAUUUGGAUCAGAUCAUAUUUGGUUCUGUAACAUCUGCAGUUGGCAAGCAGACAGGAAUUCUUUCACUCCAAUACCGGCGCCAAUGCCCUUUCAUCCACCAUACCAGCCCCAGUAUCGGCCACCGUACUAG